UGCGUGAAAAUGCCGUAGGACGCCCAGCGGCUGGUAGGUGGCCGCGUUAAGAGUAAAGAGGCGGAAAGGUGCCGGUCAGGGGGCCCGAAAGCUGCCGGACAGGGGGCCUGCGGAGCAUAAGGGGACAGCGGCACAGUCGUGGGGUAGCUGGGUUUAACAAAACCUGGAGACCUGGCCGGUGGCUGGACAAGGAAACCAUGGAUCUGGAAAACAUCGUAGCCAACACAGUGCUACUUAAUGCCAGGGAAGGAGGAGCCGGUAAGAGAAAAGGGAAGAGCAAGAAAUGGAAGCAGAUGCUACAGUUUCCACACAUUAGUCUUUGUGAAGACAUUGAACGACAGAUUGGUACGAGCGUUUUAUGCCACUGGUCAUUGUUAUUCAACGCCGCAUGUGCUUUGGAAUCCAAUUUGCAAAAAGAGCGUUUCUUCCAUUUCCCACAGCAAGCACAGCCCUGUCUCAGCACACAGCUACCCCGAGUGGUGCCGAGUUGGCGAUGCUGUUUUUCUCCGACUUUCUUCUGUCCAACUGCGUGUCUUGUUGCUGUAGCGCCUGAGGUGGUGAAAAACGAACGCUACACCUUUAGUGCAGACUGGUGGUCCCUGGGUUGCCUGAUCUUCGAGAUGAUCGAGGGCCACCCCCCCUUCACGCAGCCUAAGAGGAAGCUCAUCCGAGAGGAGAUCGAGCAGAUGGUGAAGGAAGGGCAGGAAGAAUAUUCCAGCAAGUUCUCUGAGGAUGCCAAGUCACUCUGCAAGAUGUUGCUGGCUAAAAAUCCCAGUGAUCGGCUGGGAUGCCAGGGGGGCGGAGCCAUAGAGGUUAAGUCCCACUCCCUCUUCAGGAUAAUCAACUUCACGCGGCUGGAGGCAGGCAGGCUGAAGCCGCCAUUUGCACCUCAUCCCCUGGCUGUUUACUGCAAGGAUGUUCUGGACAUUGAACAAUUUUCCACAGUCAAGGGAGUGGAAUUGGAGCCCAGUGACAGCUCCCUCUACCACAGGUUCUGCACUGGCUGUGUGUCCAUCACCUGGCAGAAUGAGAUGAUCGAAACUGGCUGCUUUGAUGAGCUGAAUGUGUUUCCCCUGGAUGAGGAUCCACCCCCAGACCCGGCUGGGGCGAAUCACGCAUCCCCUAAACCCAAUGAGGGGCUACUUUACAGGCUGUUUUGGUGGCAGGACUGUUGCAGAAACUGCAGUGACAGCGAGGAAGAGCCGACAAGGUUGUGAUCUGUUUAGAGCCAUCUGUUUUUUAUUUAUGUGUACAUAUAUACAUAUACAGACACUGUUUUGUAUAUUUUUAGCUUUGUUUUGUUUUUGAAUUUGAAAAUGCUGUACUGUAUGUGAUUACCUAGAUAUAACACCUACUUUUAAUAUGUCUACUGCUUGAAGUUUGUUUAAUAGUUUGAGUAAAAUGAAAAGAUCUAAAUUCACUGAUUGUAGACAUGCUAUUUAUAGGUAAAUGAGACAUGCCAUGAAAUAUGGUAUUUAAAAACGCAAGUCAUGGAAUAUGGUAUUUAAAAACGCAAGUCAUGGAAUAUGGUAUUUAAAAACGCAAGUCAUGAAAUAUGGUAUUUAAAUGUUUGUUCCUCUGUUAAAUCCCAUUUUAAUGAUUUGCAGCUUUGGCUUGUUUUGCAGUAGGAACUGUUUGCCUACAGAAACUACAGAAACGUCAUAAAUCAGGGGAUACAUUUUGGAGGAUUCUGAUAUUGCAAAUUCCGGUCUCUGGAAAAAAAAAAUCAGUUUGGAACAUAGCUGAUUAAGAGAUCUUAACAAUUUAAUA